AGAUAAGGGUGGGGGGUAAGAUACGGAGAAGGGGGUUCCCUAAUGAGCACCCGCACACGCACACGCGCACAUCAAGGGUCGUGGUGGCUCUUGGCUCGUAUCAUCGGCCCUGAGUCUCGGGAUUCAGGGUCAGGGGACUGACCGUACCCCCCUCUCCCCCCCAGCCCCCCGCAAAGGGCUGGGGGGGGAGGGGAGAGACGUCUGGCAGACUGUGACUCACAACCCCGGGAGUUGGAGAAGGAGGCGCCGCCCCUCGGCUCUGUGCCCCCCUCUCUCUCCUCCCUCCUUUCCUCCCUCUCUCCCUCUCUUUCCUUUCCUCCCUUUUCUCUGUCCCCUCCUCCCCUCCCGACCCGCCUGUGCGGAGAACUUUGUCCAGCCUCCUCCUCCCAAACGAUCCCGGCCUGGUCCGUGGGGGCGCUGAGGAGUCUGCAGCUGCGGGGAGACAGCAUGAACAUCCUGGCUCCAGUGCGCAGGGACCGGGUGCUGGCCGAGCUGCCCCAGUGCCUGAGGAAGGAGGCCGCCCUCCACUCCAACAGAACCUUCCACCCUCGAGUCAGCAACGCGUGCCAGGAGCAGAGGACGGGCACCGUGGGUAGGUUUAAGAUCUCCAAGGUCAUCGUUGUGGGGGACCUGUCUGUGGGGAAGACCUGCCUCAUUAACAGGUUCUGCAAAGACACUUUUGACAAGAAUUACAAGGCCACCAUUGGGGUGGACUUUGAGAUGGAGAGGUUCGAGGUGCUGGGAGUCCCCUUCAGCCUGCAGCUCUGGGACACGGCCGGGCAGGAGAGGUUCAAAUGCAUUGCGUCGACUUACUACCGCGGAGCCCAAGCUAUCAUCAUUGUGUUCAACCUGAGCGACGUGGCUUCCCUGGAGCACACCAGACAGUGGCUGGCCGAUGCUCUGAAGGAGAACGACCCCUCCAAUGUGCUGCUGUUCCUUGUGGGCUCCAAGAAGGACUUGAGCACUCCGGCUCAGUACGUGCUGAUGGAGAAGGAUGCUGUCAAGAUGGCCCAGGAGAUGAAGGCCGAGUACUGGGCGGUCUCGUCUCUCACAGGUGAGAACGUGCGUGAGUUCUUCUUCCGUGUGGCAGCGCUAACUUUCGAAGCCAACGUGCUGGCUGAACUUGAGAAGACGGAUGCCCGGCGUAUAGGCGACAUCAUCCGGAUCAACAGCAACGACAGCAACCUCUACCUGACAACCAGUAAGAAGAAACCCAAGUGCUGUCAGUGAGCAUGCCCCUGGAUGCUGGCACUGCCCGCCGUGCCCGUGGACACUCUCCCGGUGUCGAGUCCACAAAUAUUUGCACUGAACUGUUCUUCCAGACCAAAGAGCUCUCCCAUCAAGGAAGCAGGAGCCCUGCCAGCCUGGUGCCCUUCUGCCCCCGGCACCACACCAAAACCUGUCCUCCGUGGGGACUCUGGGGAGGUGCCUGGCAUGGCGGGGCAGGAAAGGGACUGGAGGAUCCCCAGAGCUUUGCUCUGCCUUCUGGGCACCAGUGGGCAUGGGCACUCCCUGCUGCCCCCUUGCCCCAUCACACUGUGCCUUAUACUUGCAUGGGGUCUCCGAGGGAAGGGGCGAAUCGCAGGAUCCUGAGACAGUGGCAUUUUAGUUCUAGGGGAUCCUAGGGAUAGGGGAGAGUUGCCUGAGGUCAUGGGACAGCCGCCCGAGGUUCGUGCCCUGACCUUGGUCUCGAGAGCCCCGAGCAGGUGCCCCGGGACGCUCUGGGAAGCCCCCUCGGUGCUGGCUGGAGUGGCGUGGGGGGCGAUGGAGGGGAGCAGCUUUCGGGAUCUCCCACCAGCAUCCCCCAAGCUGGAGCAGGCCGCCGUCCAUAAGGCUGGAUAUUGAUCCCUGAGAAUCUCUUCUCGCGUCCAUUACUCCGCCACUGGGGACUAUUCCUUUGGGUUAAACUUUGUGCUCUCCCUGCUUUUCAAAAAUUAUCCUCUUAAGGCAGUGGCUCUCAAGCUUUUGUUUUCAGUAUCUUUAUCCUAUUAAAAAUGAUUGAGAAUCUC